GGCAGUGUGAUUGUUGUGCAAAGAAGCCUUGUACGCCAUCGAACCACUGCACUCCAGUAGGAAUGACUCAGGUUACAGUAUUUGGCCCCGCACUUGGUACUGAAAAUAGCUAGAAUAAGUGCGAAUUAAUGACUGUAUGUAUAAUCACCAACAAUGCGCAGUUGAUGGAAUGAUAUUCAUGACUAACCCACGGCUAAACAGUAACAUGGGCUCAGUAGAGCCACAAUAUUCAGAUACCGUAGCGCCCAGCAUAUCCUAUAAGACUUCGAAGUUAUGGCUAUCAGCAGUAAGUACGCGACCCAACUAGUCGUACCUCAGAAAUGGCGUCGACAAUUGUCGAGAUACCACAAGCAGUCCUAGAGACUUUCGCCAAAUCGGAAGAAUACCACAACUCCUUCUUGCUCCAUCAGGACGGGGGAUCGGAGCAGGCCUUGAAACAUAGCGCAGAGAAUGGACUUCCACCUAUUGCAGUUUCAGGCUCCCAGGGCAAAUUAUUGAAACUCGUUGCACUUACUAUGGGUGCAAAGAGAGUGCUCGAAGUGGGAACACUUGGUGGAUAUUCGACUAUUUGCUUGGCCCAGGGGCUCCCGGAGGACGGUGAAGUGAUCACGCUCGAGAUAUCAGAAGCUCAUGCCAAGGUUGCCCGCGAGAAUUUAGCUAAAGCGGGAAUUCGCAACGCCAGAGUAGUGACUGGAGACGCCAACGAAAGCCUUAGGGGACUUCCAACAGAGGAGCCAUUUGACUUGAUUUUCGUAGACGCUGACAAGAAAAGCUACCCUCAUUACUUUCUCGAAGCGAAACGCCUGGUCCGGAAGCGCGGCGUCAUCAUCAUCGACAAUGUCGUGCAGAGAGGUCGGGUUGCUGAUGAGAGCUUUUCUUGCCGUCCAAACCCCUCCAAGGUCGUAUAUCCCGAUGACUCCAGUGUCGAGGGCGUUCGUACACUGUUGAGAAUGUUGAAAGAGGACAAGGAAGUGGAAGCGACAACAAUCGCAACAGCCAAUGAGAAGGGUUACGACGGCUUCAUAUGACGUCACAUACUCGUCACGUUGAAAACAUUCACAACUCGGAUUUCAAAGGCAGGAGCCUUGAAAGUGCCUUACAGCGAAAACCAAUAGACCGUUGCGCCCUCCCACGGUCACUCGGAGCUCGGACCGUCAUGAUCGUGUGUAAC